AUGGGGGGAAAUAUGCACUGGGCUCGCUCGAGCUACAGCCCGUUGUGCAACGUCUGGGCCAGCUGCAGGAGUUCAACAAGUGGAGAAAGCUGUGGUGGGCGAUGGAGAAGGAUUUUCUCUCUUCUUGUUCUCGCUCUAUCGGAUAAACCUGAUGAACUGCUGUUGAUCCAUUUAGAUCGUGAGCGACGACUUUUACUCCGCUUGAAGUAUAUUCUCAAGGUAGUUAAGGGGUAUCAAGCUGAAUUAGGAGGCGGAGUCGAGCCAACCAGAGGCAUCAAAUUCGGCUGGCAGCAGUGGCAGGAUCCGAUGAUCUAG